AUGCGAUUCCGGGCACUGUCCUCGGUGCUGAAAAGCCAGAUGCCGGAUUGCGGGGCUCCCAAGGAAAUGAAUAAACAACCAGACAACACCCUGGAGGCGGCGGUGGCGCCCGGCCACCACGACGGCCGGUGCGCGCCCAGGACGAGCCCGGAGCAGGAGCUCCCGGCGGCCGCCGCCGCGCCGCCCCCGCGUGUGCCCAGGUCGGCUUCCACCGGCGCCCAAACUUUCCAGUCCCCCGACGCGCGAGCCUGCGAGGCUGAGAAGCUGGGAGUGGGGGCUUGCAAACUCAGUGGCCCGAGGGCGCCCGCGGCUUCCGCGGUUCUGCGGGACUUGACCGAGGCGCUUGGCGCGCAGGUCGCCCCUCCCGGGGGCUCCGGGCCUGGCAACGCGCUGCAUUGUAAGAUUCCGGCCCUGCGCGGCCCGGAGGGGGAUGCGAUCGUGAGUGCGGGCAAGGGCACCCUGGAGCGGAACAAUGCCCCGGCCGUGGGCUGGGUGAAUAUGAGCCAGAGCACCGUGGUGCUGGGCACAGAUGGAAUCACGUCCGUGCUCCCGGGCAGCGUAGCCGCCGCUGCCGCCCAGGAGGACAAGCAAGGGGAUGAGAAUAAGGCCCGAGGGAACUGGUCCAGCAAACUGGACUUCAUCCUGUCCAUGGUGGGGUACGCAGUGGGGCUGGGCAAUGUCUGGAGGUUUCCCUACCUGGCCUUCCAGAACGGGGGAGGCGCCUUCCUCAUCCCCUACCUGAUGAUGCUGGCUCUGGCUGGGCUGCCCAUCUUCUUCCUAGAGGUGUCACUGGGCCAGUUUGCCAGCCAAGGGCCGGUGUCUGUGUGGAAGGCCAUCCCAGCCCUACAAGGCUGUGGCAUCGCGAUGCUGAUCAUCUCCGUCCUAAUAGCCAUAUACUACAACGUAAUUAUUUGCUACACCCUGUUCUACCUGUUUGCCUCCUUUGUGUCUGUACUGCCCUGGGGCUCCUGCAACAACCCUUGGAACACGCCAGAAUGCAAAGAUAAAACCAAACUCUUAUUAGAUUCCUGUGUCAUCAGUGACCAUCCCAAAAUACAGAUCAAGAACUCGACCUUCUGCAUGGCCGCCUACCCCAACCUGACGCUGGUGAACUUCACCAGCCCAAUCAACAGGACUUUCGUCAGCGGGAGCGAGGAGUAUUUCAAGUACUUCGUGCUGAAGAUUUCUGCUGGGAUUGAACAUCCUGGGGAGAUCCGGUGGCCACUAGCCUUCUGCCUCUUCCUGGCUUGGGUGAUUGUGUAUGCGUCCCUGGCGAAAGGCAUCAAGACUUCAGGAAAAGUGGUGUACUUCACGGCCACGUUCCCGUACGUCGUGCUAGUCAUCCUCCUCAUCCGAGGGGUCACCCUGCCCGGAGCCGGCGCCGGGAUCUGGUACUUCAUCACGCCGAAGUGGGAGAAGCUCACGGACGCCACGGUGUGGAAAGACGCUGCCACUCAGAUUUUCUUCUCUUUAUCUGCCGCAUGGGGAGGCCUGAUCACUCUCUCUUCCUACAACAAAUUCCACAACAACUGCUACAGGGACACUCUGAUCGUAACCUGCACCAACAGCGCCACGAGCAUCUUUGCCGGCUUCGUCAUCUUCUCGGUUAUCGGCUUCAUGGCCAAUGAGCGCAAGGUCAACAUUGAGAACGUGGCGGACCAAGGCCCAGGCAUUGCAUUUGUGGUUUACCCAGAAGCCUUGACCAGGCUGCCCCUCUCUCCGUUCUGGGCCAUCAUCUUUUUCCUGAUGCUCCUCACCCUUGGACUCGACACUAUGUUUGCCACCAUUGAGACCAUAGUGACCUCCAUCUCGGAUGAGUUCCCCAAGUACCUGCGUACACACAAGCCGGUCUUUACCCUGGGCUGCUGCGUUUGCUUCUUCAUCAUGGGCUUCCCAAUGAUCACUCAGGGUGGAAUUUACAUGUUUCAGCUUGUGGACACGUACGCCGCCUCCUACGCCCUCGUCAUCAUCGCCAUAUUUGAGCUCGUGGGGAUCUCCUAUGUGUACGGCUUGCAAAGAUUCUGUGAAGAUAUAGAGAUGAUGAUUGGAUUCCAGCCAAACAUUUUCUGGAAAGUCUGCUGGGCGUUCGUAACCCCCACCAUUUUAACUUUCAUCCUCUGCUUCAGCUUUUACCAGUGGGAACCCAUGACCUACGGCUCUUACCGCUACCCGAACUGGUCCAUGGUGCUUGGAUGGCUGAUGCUGGCCUGUUCCGUUAUCUGGAUCCCGAUUAUGUUUGUGAUAAAAAUGCAUCUAGCCCCUGGCAGAUUUAUUGAGAGGCUGAAGUUGGUGUGCUCGCCGCAGCCAGACUGGGGCCCGUUCUUAGCUCAGCACCGUGGGGAGCGUUACAAGAACAUGAUCGACCCCUUGGGAACCUCUUCCCUGGGACUCAAACUGCCAGUGAAGGAUCUGGAGCUGGGCACCCAGUGUUAGUCCGACGGCGUGGGAUGGCCCAGACUUGACCCUGUUUUUCCUCUCUGUCUCCCCCUGCUGUUCUCCCCAGUUUCUUCUUUCUCUCCACGUCUCGGUUCACAUCCGUGCAUGAGGGUGGUUACAUAGAAAAGUAGGACUAGUGUCGCAUGCUGUAGUGAAGAGCUAGGCAGACCACUUGAAGCACUGUUUGCCUCUGUCCAUGGCGUCACUUUCCAUAGGGUUGGUCCCCUGAGCACCCACUUGACCCCGAGGAGCGGAUUGGCGGGGCGAGUGUUUUCUAGUGAAGUCACCAGGAGGUAUGUGUGAUUUGGUCA